AUGAAAAGACAGGAGCAAGCCAGACAAAAAGCAGAGUUGGAAAAGAAGAAGAAAGAGAAGCAGGAAAAAGCACGUAUAUUAGCUGAACAGAAGAGGCAAGAAGAAAAGAUAGAAAAGGAGAAAACACGGCAGCUGGAGAUGCAAAAAGCUGAAGAAGAACGAAAACGCCGAGAAAGGCAACAAGAGUUGGCUCGGCUGAAAGCAGAAAGACUACAGCAAGAAAAGGAGAAAGAAGAGCGGAAGAAGCUGGAAGAGGAGCGGCGUAUCGAGGUGGAAAGAAUGCGCUUAGAAAUGGAGAAAGCAAUGGAAGAGGAAGCAAGAAGAAUGGCAGAAAUGGCCGCCUCAGAAGAGGCGAGAAGCUCAGCUUCAGACCGAUCAAGUUUUCGGAUUCAUAACUCAGAUGAGCAUAUGACAGGUAGGAAGAUUUCGUCAGUUGUCCUAACCUAA